UAGUUUACGCCGUUGAUGGCUGCUUUAUCAAAAUGUUAUAGCUUUAUCUACUACUACUUGUAAUCAUGCCCUAUAGCAGUCUUUAAUGGCGUCUUUAUUGCUAAACUUAAUAACUACCCCAACAAAUAUAGAGGAUCAUUUCAACCAAUUCAAAAUUCAAACUAAGAACCAAAAAACAAAUUCAAAUUCAGUUCAGAAAAUUAAAUAAGAACCGUUAGAUGAGCAAACAGCUCAUCCUAUUCUCCAACGGGUCUUUUCUACUUUGGAAGUUGGGAGGGACCAUCUUCUAGCCGUUGGGUUUCUCAGUUAUAUAAAGACCCGAAUCUGUGCAAUUUCGUUCCAUAUCACAUUUGUUCGUUCUCGUUUUGCUGGGAGUGAUAGUGUUCUUGAUUGCCCAUCAGCAGAGUCUGGUUCAUAUUGUAUUUUGAAGAGAAGAUGAGGGAAAUUCUGCAUAUUCAAGGAGGGCAGUGUGGCAACCAGAUUGGUGCCAAAUUCUGGGAAGUUGUGUGUGCUGAGCAUGGAAUUGAUCCCACUGGGAGAUACCAGGGGACCACUGAUCUGCAGCUGGAGAGAGUGAAUGUGUACUACAAUGAGGCCAGCUGUGGGAGAUUUGUUCCAAGAGCUGUGUUGAUGGAUCUGGAGCCUGGCACCAUGGAUAGUGUGAGGUCAGGCCCUUAUGGUCAGAUCUUCAGGCCUGAUAAUUUUGUUUUUGGUCAGUCUGGAGCAGGCAACAACUGGGCUAAGGGCCAUUACACAGAGGGGGCUGAGCUCAUCGAUUCUGUGCUUGAUGUGGUCAGAAAGGAGGCAGAAAACUGCGAUUGUCUCCAAGGAUUUCAGGUAUGCCAUUCUCUUGGAGGGGGCACUGGGUCUGGAAUGGGCACGUUGCUGAUUUCCAAAAUCAGGGAAGAGUACCCAGAUAGAAUGAUGCUCACAUUCUCUGUGUUCCCUUCUCCCAAAGUCUCUGAUACCGUUGUGGAGCCUUACAAUGCUACGCUGUCUGUUCACCAGCUGGUAGAAAAUGCAGAUGAGUGUAUGGUUCUUGACAACGAGGCGCUCUAUGACAUUUGUUUCAGGACCCUCAAGCUAACUACUCCUAGCUUUGGUGAUCUGAAUCACUUGAUCUCUGCAACCAUGAGUGGAGUUACAUGCUGUCUAAGGUUCCCCGGGCAGUUGAACUCAGAUCUAAGGAAGCUUGCUGUGAAUCUGAUUCCUUUCCCCCGUCUGCAUUUCUUCAUGGUGGGAUUCGCCCCCCUGACCUCCAGGGGGUCUCAGCAGUACAGAGCACUGACUGUUCCAGAGCUCACACAGCAAAUGUGGGAUUCCAAGAACAUGAUGUGUGCUGCAGAUCCUAGACAUGGAAGGUACCUGACAGCCUCUGCCAUGUUCAGAGGGAAGAUGAGCACUAAGGAAGUGGAUGAGCAGAUGAUCAAUGUUCAGAACAAGAACUCAUCCUACUUUGUGGAGUGGAUUCCUAACAAUGUGAAGUCCACAGUGUGUGAUAUACCCCCUACUGGGCUGAAGAUGGCUUCCACAUUCAUUGGGAACUCUACUUCCAUUCAAGAGAUGUUCAGGAGAGUGAGUGAGCAGUUCACAGCCAUGUUUAGGAGAAAAGCCUUCUUGCACUGGUACACAGGGGAGGGAAUGGAUGAGAUGGAGUUUACAGAGGCAGAGAGCAACAUGAAUGACUUGGUCUCUGAGUACCAGCAAUAUCAGGAUGCCACAGCAGAUGAAGAAGGGGAGUAUGAUGAUGAGGAAGAAGAGCUUCAAGAUAUGUAAUGUGGUGCAACAACAUUCAGUUGUUGCUAUAGUAGCUUUAGACUGUUUACUUAUCUCUCCCUGUAAACAAUUAAAUGCGAUUAUUAAUACAGUAGCUUUAGGCUGUUCACUUUC